AUGGUGGUUGAAUACGAGAUCUUUGCUCCUAGGUACAGUCGGGUCAUGUCGGCUAUUGACAUGGAACAUUGCGAAUAUCAGGCGGAUGGUAUAUUGUACUGUCCGCAACAGGAACCACCUGGAACUGUUUAUUAUGUCCGAAACGUCUAUCCGCCUAUACAGGUACGAUUUACUUUUUUAGAGUUUGGCUAUUCAGCAAAUUUGAAGCCAGAGACCUACCUCAGCGGUCCAUAUGUCCAAGAUGUCCAGCCGUAUCUUACGAUCUCAGUGUGUCCUCUUAUUUUCCCAAAAUUCAUUGGAAAUGCAUAG